UGGCUGAAGUGUGUUUUGGGACACUGUGGUCAAAAGUGUUUGGUGAAACUCGCUCAGAGCAUCUUUAAUGAUCAACAGAAACACACAGUUGUCCACUAUAAACUGGUGUAGUGUCAGGAAGUCAAAGAGUGAGGCUGAUCUGAGAGGAAGCUGCAGAAGCACAGGAAGAGCUGCUGCUGUUUAAAGAAGAGCUGAACAUAUAUAUAUAAAGCAGAAGACGAGUGUCAGAAACACAGAAUGGCUGAUAGGAGUCCUCUGUUUCUGCUGCUCAUCUUCUGGACACUCAGCACAGGUGUGUUUGGAGCAGAAGAGACUCAUGUGUUCAGCAGAUCUGGAGAAACUGUUCAUCUGCCCUGUAGAAAUACUGUUCAGUACUGCAGCAGAUCAGGAACUACAUGGCUCAACAACAGCGACAGACAGAGAGAAACACCGACACAGACAGUUGAACUGAUUACUUUAGGGGUAACGAAUAAAGACACAGGGAAACAUGACAGACUGAAUCUGGGCUCUGACUGCUCUCUGAACAUCAGUAGAGUCACAACAGAAGAUGCUGGACUUUACAUCUGCCAACAGUGGAGAGGAGGGAAUCAGAAACAAGGCUCUGAUUCACUUGUGUAUCUGCAUGUUGUUGCUGUCUCUCCAUCAUCAUCAUCAUCAUCUUCAUCAUCAUCUGAUGUUCGUCCGGGUCUCUCUCUGACUCUCUCCUGUCGGCUCUUCUCAUAUUCUGGACUCUCCUGUGUUGAUUUGUUCAGAUCUGAGCAUCUUCAUCUGUCCUGGUUGAAUGAGGCUGGUGUUAAUCUGAACACAGACUCCAGAUAUCAGAUCUCUUCUACAGGCUGUAUCAUCAGUCUGUCUACAACACUCAUCAGUGAAGAUGAAGAUAAACAGUGGAGAUGUGGAGUCUAUCAGAGAAAUGAACUGAAGACCUCAGACACGUUUACUGUCCAGUAUUCAGCUAAAGCUGAAGCAGAGACAUUUUGUGUGAUGAAACAGCAGUGACUCCAGCGCUCUUCACAACACCAGCAGGAGCUUCAGCUCAUUCUUCACACAC